CCGUAUCCAAAAAAAACCACCAACCAACGAAACAAAGAAAAACCACUCUGCUCUCCUACUCAGCUAUUCCUCCUAAAACACAAAUCCCUCUCUCCUCUUUCAAAACAAAAUGGCAACCACCACCACUGUCCCAGACAACCUCACCAGAGACCAAUACGUGUACCUUGCCAAGCUCGCCGAGCAAGCCGAACGCUACGAGGAGAUGGUCCAGUUCAUGCAAAAGCUGGUCCUCGGCAACACACCUGUCGGUGAACUCAACGUUGAGGAACGCAACCUCCUCUCUGUCGCUUACAAAAACGUGAUCGGCUCACUUCGUGCUGCCUGGAGGAUUGUGUCUUCAAUUGAGCAGAAAGAGGAAGGGAGAAAGAACGAGGAACAUGUUGUGCUUGUUAAGGAAUAUAGAUCUAAAGUCGAGAGUGAGUUAUCUGAUAUUUGUGCUAGUAUUCUGAGGCUGUUGGACUCGAAUCUGAUACCGUCCGCUACUGCGAGUGAAUCCAAGGUUUUUUAUUUGAAGAUGAAAGGGGAUUAUCAUAGGUAUCUGGCUGAGUUCAAGGCUGGUGAUGAGAGAAACGCUGCUGCUGGAGAUACUAUGCUGUCUUAUAAGGCCGCUCAGGAUGCUGCGUCUGCGGAUCUUGCACCAACACAUCCAAUAAGGCUGGGUUUGGCACUGAAUUUCUCUGUGUUCUACUAUGAGAUUCUCAAUCAGUCUGACAAAGCCUGCAGCAUGGCAAAACAGGCGUUUGAGGAAGCUAUUGCCGAGCUAGACACUUUGGGAGAAGAAUCGUACAAGGAUAGCACUCUGAUCAUGCAACUCCUAAGGGAUAACCUCACUCUUUGGACUUCGGAUGUCCAGGACCAGUUAGAUGAGCCAUAGAAGGCAUCAUAAAGCUUGACCGGUUCUAGUCUUCUUCUGGAGGAGGUGGGCUUUGAAUGUCAUCCAUUUGUGUCUUGAUUACCAAGUGUGUUAAUUUAAGAAAACUGGGCAUCACCCUUGUGACAUGGUGUUUUUUUUUAAUUAUUAUUUUGACUAAACUUGCUUUUGAAUUUCAAGUGCUUCGGAAAGGGGGGGCAUUUGAAGUGGGUAUAUUUUAAUGUCGUGGUUCUUGUUUAUACCAUAA